CAGCCCCCCCCCCACCUCGGUGUAAGCAACAAACCGUGCAGACCCGAGGUACGGGGAGCGCGCAAGUAAGUUUCUGGAGGAAACAGUGGGGUCGCGCGCGCUUGCGCCUUGCGCCUCCCGGCCGGAGAAUGUGUGUCCCGUUACGCCCGGUGCUCUUUGAUCCACUUGUCGCUUCCGCAGCUGCCUCGCCAGAUCCCGGCUUCUUUUGCAGCUGCCUGUUGAUCAAGUCUCUCCACUGCCUUUCUCUUCGCUGCUGGUGCCAUGAAUAGACAAGAGACUUCGUCGUCUUACCAAGAGCUGAGUGAAGAUGUGGAGCACACAGAUGCAAACUUGGAACCUGCAGAGGAACAAGUAGACAAAGAGGAUCUGGAUGAUGCCAGCUCAACUAUCCUUCCAAUCCUAGACAGCAACAGCCCUUCGGUGCGUUUCAGCAAGUCCUGCCUGAAAAACGUCUUCUCGGUCUUUCUCCUCUUCAUAUACCUGCUGCUCAUGGCUGUAGCUGUCUUCCUGGUCUACCAAACCACUGCUGACUUCAGGGAUAAACUCAAGCACCCCGUGAUGUCGGUCUCUUACAAGGAGGUGCCCUCUUACGACGCACCUGGUAUUGCCCUCUACCCAGGCAAGGCUGAGCUGCUGACCUGCAAGCACCACUUACACAAUUACAUCCCACCUCUGGUAAACCCUGGUCAGCCAGGAGAAAUUGAAUGCACUACUCAGAGAAUCAACUACACAGAUCCUUUUGCUAAUGGAACAAAGAAAUUUGCGGUGAUCGUUGAAGGACCUCGUGAUGUGAAGCAGCAGGAACUGGUGUUCAUGCAGUUCUACCUCAAUGAAACGGACCAGGAUUUCAGCGCAAUAGACUACCUUCUCUUUUCUUCAUUCCAGGAUUUCCUCGAGAGUCCAAACAAGCCAGACUUUAUGAAGGCCUGUGAGAGCUCCUACUCCAGCUGGAAGUUUUCCAGUGGUUUCCGAACUUGGGUCAAAAUGUCUCUGGUGAAAACGAAAGAAGAAGAUGGCCGGGAGACGGUUGAAUUCAGGCAGGAGAUCAGUGUGGUGAACUACAUUGAACGAAGAGCAAAAGCAAGCGGUGACCAACUCUUCUUUGUUGUAUUUGAAUGGAAAGACCCUUUUAUUCAGGAAGUUCAAGAUAUUGUCACUGCAAAUGCUUGGAACAUGAUUGCAAUUCUGUGCGGCAUUUUCUUGGCUUUGUUCAAAGCAGCCGAUUUUGCCAAACUCAGUGUGAAGUGGAUGAUAAAAAUCCGGAAGCGACACCUUCAGAGAAGAACUCAAGCCUUGAACCACAUAAGCUGAGGGCUGAGCGCUACUGAGUUUUCUAUUAUCACUGGGGAACACCGGUGGGCCUGAGACUAAACUAGCCUUCAGGUACCUUGGACAGAAAAGCUGCAAUGGCAGAAGGAUGACUUGCUUAACUGGAGUACAAUACACUGGACACUUGGAAGUUUUAGAAAACUGUAUAAGAAGCUCCUUCUAAAUCCAUGCUCUUUUCUAGAAACCUGAGUUCCUUUGACUAAGCUCUGAACUUCUAGGAAGAUUCCCAAAACUAUAUUUAACCCUAUUUUAACAGAACUCACAAGGAGGAUAGAUUGACAGGGCCCUUAGUUUGCAGGGAAACAGAACUGGCCUCUUUUAAACACAUUUCUGCCUAUGUUAAAAUGGGAUGUCUGCCUCAGAGUUAAGAUUAGUAAGUCAUGUUGCAUGCCCAAGGCACAGUUUUUGUCUCUUGGGUCUUCAGUUAAUAUCUCAGGGGAAAAGACUCCAGCUUUAAGGGCCUACAGGACUUCUGGUUUAAGAUAGGCUGUCAGUCAGUGGGUGGUAUUGUGCUAGAAGAACGAUUAUCUGAAUCUUAAGGCAGAGAAAUCUCCCCAAGCAUUGCUCUAGCAGAGAGGCACACCUCAACGGAUGAAAGUAUAUUACUAGUAAAAUUCUGGGCACUAGUUGUGUAUUGGAUCAGUGUUAAUCUCUUGACUGACCCAAGUGAUGGAAAUUAAUAUGGUCAACAGUGGCUGACUAUAUGGUAUUAAUAGCAGUUUCAGCCUUCGGCAUUCCCUCCUGAAGGAGUAUGAACUCCACAGUGCCUGCCUCUAAUUCACAUUCAACUUGCAGUUGCUUCAGGAUGACAAAUAGACUAGAUUGACCUUCACUGAAGUUAGCAUUGAAAGGGGUUCUCUCCGCAAAACAGAAGCACUGGAAUUUUAUCAAGCUUUCCUAUUGGAUUAAAAUGUAUUUGUGUUCUGAAGAUUUUUGAGUAAAAUUAAACCUGUCUCCUAUGCUUACCUUUUCAAACUAUUCUUGUUGGUCCAUUGGACAGGCAGGGCCCUCCAACUUUCAGACUCAUUGUCUUGCCUGCAUGAGAACAGGGCACAACGGGUACAAUUCUGCUGUGUGAUAGUAAUGAGAGUUGUGCGGCUGCAGAAGCAAAAGUGCACACUGAAAAGCUAGUGAAUAUUAGACUAACAUCUUGCCUUCAUUGGUUCUACAACAUGAGCAGAACCUAGCCAGUUAGUCAAAAUGCUAGAGAAGCAUUGUUAACUAUCUCAGUUGCCCACCACCAUGAGAAAUUCCUAAUAGAAAAUCCGUGCAUAUUUAUAAACACUGUACACAAGGAGCUCCUGCUGGUUUUUUUUAUUGUGGCGGUGGGGGAAAUAGUCACCAAAGAACCCCCUGCUUCCACUGAAUCGCACCUUGUGUUCUCUGGACAAAGGCUCAUUUAGAACUACACCAGAGACUUAUGUACAUUCAUUUCUUCUGCCAACUUCUCUCCUUUUCAGUUUCACAGCCCAUAUUUUGUUCAGUCCUUUCAUUAUAUUUUACAUAAAAUUGAAUACCUUUCUUGAGAGCCCUUUCCACCCCCCAAAACACAACCAACCUUCUGUCUGGCAUGGUAAAGCUACAAAGAUGGUAAUAUACAGCACUAAUUACAAACAUAAAGACUUUAUUGAUGCUGCUCAAUCCCUCAAUCUUUCAAUACAAAACCAUUUUCCGCACAAUUGCAAUUUAAGAGACUGGAAUGGUACUCUGAUAGAAA